AUGAGUUCCCCAGAAACUCAAUAUUGCACUUUCAAUAAAUUUCAAUUUCUUGCUAUCGGUUUAUGGCCUUAUCAACAAUCUGAAUUUGCUCGAUUUCAAUUCAUCUUCUUUUGUGUUAUUCUGUUAACAUCUGUUAUAUUUCAGCUUCAGCAUACACAUAAUGAGAUAAAGGAUGAAAAUGAAAUUGUUAUCAUAGAAAAAUAUGAUUGUAUUGCAAGACGUUAUACAAAUUCGUUUACAACAUUUGCAGUAUGUGGAAUAAUUUUUGGUCUUACAUUAAAUGUUUGGUUAUUAAUUAACAUAGAUGUACCGAUAAAUACAACUCAAUUAUAUCAAUUUCCAAUUAUUAUGGAAUAUUUUUUUGAUCAUGAAAUGUAUUUUUAUUUUUCUCUGUUACACGUAAACGCAGCAGUAUGCAUUGGAGCUACUGCAUUAUUAGCAAUAGGUUCAUUAAUGAUUACAUACAUAAUACAUGUCUGCGGAAUGUUUAAAAUUGCUAGCUAUCGUAUUGAGAAUGCAAUGGAUAUUAACAUUCUGCAAAAUAUUACUAUGGAAAAUGAUAUUUUUAUGUAUGAUGGAAUAAUUUGCGCUGUGAAAAUUCAUCGGCAAGCUCUAAAAUUGUCCAAAAAUUUGCAAUCUGCUGUUCAGGUAAUGAUAUUUUGUUUGGUAGUGUGUGGAGUUACUAGUUUGAGUCUCAACUUAUAUCAAAUUUUUCAGAUUGCAUCGUUUAAAAAUGAUGUUCAAGAAUUGUUAUUGUCGUCUCUAUUUGUGUUUGUUAUUGUCUUAUAUAUGUUUAUAGCCAAUUAUAUAGGACAAAAGGCAUUGGAACAUAAUAAUCACAUAUUUGCUACUGCGUACAACGUUCAAUGGUAUAAAGCCCCGUUACAUGUACAGAAGAUGAUAUUAUUUCUGUUACAAAAAGGAGUUAAAGAACAUACUUUAAAUCUCGGUGGACUUUUACAUGGAUCCAUGGAAUGUUUUGCUACGUUACUAAAGACUUCGGUAUCAUACUUUACUGUCAUACAUUCAAUGCAAUAAAUAAGCAUGAAUAUAAUAAUAAUGUUAUAAGGAUAUAUUUAUCAAAGAACUGACAUUCCUACUUACAAGAUAGAAAGCUUUAUGUAUGUUGAAUUACAUCUUCUUGUAAAAAAGACGUAAAUAAAAAUAAUUUAAAUCAAAGUAUUAAGUACAUAAAAUUUUUAUAAAUUGUAAACAUAAGAUAUUUUAAGUAGGGAAAGAAGAAUAGAAUGUUAAUGUUUGUCGAUCUUUUCUGAUUUUUAAAGUGAUAAUUAACAAUCAAUUUUUUUCUAUUUAGCUAAAGUCUUGCUAAAGUCUUAUCAUCUGCAAACAGAAACAGAAAAGUUUAUAAAUAAAUUGGAAUUUAAAUUUUUUGAAAAUGUGCCAACUUCAUCAUCUUGUGGAUGAAAUGAUUUUAAGUAGCGGAUAAGAUGAUAAAGAUUAAAAUUUAUUUUUUUAUAA